GAAGCCGGAAAAAUCGUGAGUGGGAUGAGCUGCUAUUUGUUUUACGUUCGUUUCUGAAAUGUUCGCUAGCUUUACACGUUUGCAUUGUGUACAAAUGUAAACAUGGAAGAUAUGUUAAGUACAGUGAUCAAAUGUGCCAACUUCGCGGCUAUUAAACACAAAAAUCAAAAACGCAAAGACGUGGAAGGAACACCAUACAUAAACCAUCCAAUAGGUGUGUCCUACAUACUGACCAACGAAGGAGGUAUUACUGACCCACUGGUCAUCCAGGCAGCACUACUUCAUGACACAGUAGAAGAUACAGACACCACUCUGCAAGAAAUUGAAGAUCAUUUUGGUGAAGAAGUGGCAGGAAUUGUUGCUGAAGUAACAGACGACAAAAGUCUAGCCAAGGCAGAGCGUAAGAAACUGCAAAUCGAACAUGCAAAGAAUAGCAGCCACCGUGCAAAGUUGGUGAAACUGGCAGACAAACUAUACAACCUUCGUGAUUUGAACCGAAGUACACCAGUUGGCUGGACUGAAGAAAGGGUCCAACAGUAUUUUGUAUGGGCAAAGAAAGUUGUCAGAAAUCUUGCCGGGACCAAUGAACCAAUGGAGAAGGCACUUGAUAUUAUUUUCCAAGAAAGAAAUAUAUCUGAAUUGGAGUUACUGAAUUGAUGGACUGGUGACUGCAGGGAAGGUUCAAAGAGCUGGACAUACUAACCACAGAGUCAGUUAACAGGAACAGACAAUGCUAUUAUCUUCUUAAUAAUAAAUGCAAUAUCCAGCAAGGGCCAUACUAUGUCCUCUACAAUUGCUACCAUUUGUCUUACAACCUUUGGUGAUGAUCAGAUAGUGAGUAAGGAUGAGUUCAUGAUGAUGGAUGAACACUGCAGAAACAGACACUUUGGUUUUACAAUGUUUUGUAUGAUCUUUCAUGGUUAUCUGACACAUAUCAUCUUGCUAAUGUUUGUUUAUGAGAGGCAAAAAAUCUUAUUUAAAACCCGAACAUGUACUGAUCCCUAUAUACUGGAGUAUCUUUCAUAGGUUUAAGAUUAUGUUACUAUUCACUCCACAUAUGCACACACACACACACACACAUUUAUUUUGAAGACAAAUUGACAUCCAUAAAAAAAAUGACUGUCAUCACAUGAUAAGAAAGUCUUCCUAUAUUAAUAUCUUUCAGCCAUUUGCUCACAUUUGAUUUGUGUCUUUUACAGUCACUACAACAGUCUUUGUUCAAUUGAACUUGUUGACUUCUUACUACCUCUGUUUUAUACCAUCUGCUUUACCUGUCUUACUGUCUUUACUCUGCCUCAGUUCGAAGAUCAAGCAUCAGCAACCUUUAUUUUAGCAGCAAGCCUUCUGAGAUGUUGCUCAUCAUAUAUUGAGCUACACCAUUCACCCUUUUGUUACCAUAUUUCUGUUGAGAUGCUCUGUGUUUUUUUACAAUUAAUUUUAAAUAUGACAAAGAAUUUAGUAAAAUAACUUAUCACUAAACUAGUGUUAGGAACAUAAAUUGCGACUAAGCUUUGGUGGAAGAUUUUAAUUCAGAACUUUUGAAAACAAGACAUUUCUACUACAGAGUCAGAGGCAGUUUCAAGCAGGUUGGUAUCAAAAGGGUUAAAGUAUUAAUUGAAUAAACCUUGUCUGUAAUACAGGGAUCACUAUAUAUUACCCUAAGCAAAUUCUAAAAUCUUAAUAGAGAGAAAGUGUGAGUGA